AUGUCACAUACCUUCGGUACUGCCCUGCUGUUCCUGUGUUUUUCGUUGGUAGUCUGGUGCUACGAAACCUCUGGACAUCCUUUGGAUUCGCUGUUUCGCACCCUACCUUCCGUCCAAAAACACUCCGACCUGGUGCCGGCUAUCGGUUCGAGUGGAGGUGGCCUUACCGCUCGUGAACUUGUAGAAUCUGGUCAUCGUCAUCGUACUCGGCAAACCUUUGCGACUUUUCCACCUCACCAUCGUUGGUAUUCCGAUCGGAGACCACUGGUAAGACCGGCCGGCGAUACCGUUUCGGCAUUCGAAGCACUGCCGGCUGUCGCUUUGGGCGGUGUGAGCCGGGAAGAUGAUUUCACAGGCCCCGGGGGCCCAAUAGACACAGUCGAAAUGGCUGCGCUCGGUCCAACAUCGAACGAAAUUGGGGACAAUCCACUGCUGUUGCCGUUGGGUUUCAACAGUCGGCCCCCGGUGAUGGUGGAGCCCGACGACGGGUCGUUUUUGGGCGCUGAGGAUGGCCGCACGCCGGUGCAGAGCAUCGAUUUGAUCCGUGAGCAACUGGACCGCAUCAAGCAGCAGGAGGACAUCGAAAUCAAAUCGAAUCUGCUGAUGAAGCUGCUGGCGGAGUUGCCCCCCGAGGGACCGCUGCCAAUUGUGUACGUCGAGGAUGCGGCCGGCUCGCAAUCGGAGAGCAACAACGGAAUGAGCAAGGAUAACAACGAUGAGGAUGACGACGAUGAUUACAAUGAUGGCGAACGUGCAGGACGGAUCGUGACCCAGCAGUUCACAUCCAACGGCUACAAACGGACUGGACGAUACUAUCGGCCUUACCCCUGGAAGCGUCAGAACUCACGCAGUCAAACGUAUGUUAACGGAGCCCGCUAUCUGUGCGUUCCGAGCCGCGAUGAUGUUUUUAAGCUGCUGAUGGGCCUUCACGACAACCGCGCUGGCAACCCCCAGCAGCCGGUUAGCUUCUGCAACCGAAGGCGCCCGCCAAAGGCCAUCUUGACUAAGAUUCGGUUCUUUGGUUAA